CAUUUGUGUUUGUGUUUCUUUUUGUCUUUGCCAACACAAUAAUUUGUGUUUCCUUUGCUUUGAUUUUUUUGUGUAUGCAAAUGAAUAAGAAUAUGGCAAUUGUGUUUGUGAUUUGUUUUUGGUUUUGUCUUUGGUGAAGCAAAGACAAUACAUCUACAUAUGUGAUGGAUUUGGUGACGGCUUCUCGAUGUGGCAAACAAAAAGGCGAAACGAAAACAACGAUGACAACAAUGGCAGCAGCAUAAAAAAAAACAAACCCAGUGGCAGCAGCUCAAACAAAUUUUUCACUGACCCAACGGCGGAGCAAGAACAACAACAAGAACAACAAGAAGAACAAGAACAACAUGAAGGGCAUGCCACAAUAUCACGACAUCACACGCAUAAAAUUUGUUCGGAGUGAGAAAGUAAAAGAAGAAGAAGCAGAAGAAAGAUGCACUCGAACGAGAAAAAGCAAAUCCCUUUGAGUGGAAGGAACCGCAGGGCAAGUUGAGAGUUCCUUGGUUGGUUGCCUUGGUUGGUGGGUUUUGCUGGGGUGUUUGCUUGUUGGCCAAGUUUUGCACAGAAAGCAACAGCCAGCACUUAAUUUACGAAUA